GACGCCGAUGGAGACAGUGAUCGAUAUGUUCCGGAAGUUAGGUCUGAGACAAGUGCUGGUCACUCAUAAUGGGCGUUUAUUAGGGAUUAUCACCAAAAAAGACAUUUUAUUACAUCUUAAGGAAUUCGAAGACUUAGACCCGGAAUCGUUAAAUAUACUGUACCUAAACAGCAAUCACUGUUAUGAUUGA